AUGUCUCGCAAGCGAGACGGAGGAACAUUGUUUGCGGGUCGACCUCGUUCCGUUACAAAGCAAGCCAUGCGGCCACACACUAUCGAUGAGCUGGUCCAUAGAGACGUACCAACUCAAGCGAUACGGCCUGGCAGAAUGACGAUUUGCCGACAACCAUCAUCUACCGGAAUCCGUUCGUUCCCCGCAGAUCUGUGGGUACUUAGCGAUCAGCCUCCGGCGUUAUGCUUCAUUCGAGUGUGGCAGACGAUAGUUUCAAUUGAUUUACGAAUAUUGACCACUUCUUGCGCAGGUCUGCUGACACUGCUUCAGUUGUGA